AUGUCGGAGGAUCUGUUUUCGGAAAUUGAACAGCUUGCUCCUAAAUUUGCCGAUGGAAAUCUUGAAUCCUUAGAUCCACUGCAGCGAGUAAUCUCUGAUCUUCUAUUAAAAUCCAAGGACCGGACAUGGCUGGAGAGUGACGCGGACGUCGCCGGCGGGAUCGCCGUUACGCGACUGAUUAACCUUCUUCCUGAUUUUUCUCGGCAUUGUCCCGAGCUGUAUGGUCUUCAACGAUCCAGUGACGUAUCUGGACCGUCGGCUUCGGCUGCUGACGGAUGUCACGGAUCCGCAUCUUCAAGCUUCAUCGACCGGCUUUCCACUGAUUGGUCUGUUUCCGCAGAUCCAGAUCUACAUGGAGCGUCAGCAUCACCAUCAACGGCUACUAUUGCUGCAUCUGAGAUUGCAGAUGCUCGAGGAUCAAGCGGUGUCGCUUCCGCACAACCAGCAAUCCGACCGUUGGUGCAAGUCCUUCGAGUUAUUCGGAACCUGCUCGCCGGUCUCGCCCCCAAUCAAAACGCGUUUCUACAAUGCGGUGCGCUAGAUGCGGUAGCUACUAUCGCGGACCGGCUUAUAUCGAGUCACAUCAUCCACCAAACCCCGCUACCAGGCGCCGCUCCUUCCGGCGGAAAUCUCGCUGCUGCAGGCAGUACCGCCAGUGUCUCUGCAGCGUCUGCUGCGGAUCAACCAAGAUCGGGAUCCCACUCUUCAGGCAACGGUGAAGACUCGACUCAAGUCGCUUCCCAACUUGCAAAGCUAAAAGUGGGUAGCGGAGCUGCUUCAGGCGCAGCGUCUUCCGGCAGCACCGCCGACGCGCUUUCGUCUUCAAAACCCGCACCUGCUUCCGCUUCUGCCUCCGCCACGGGUUCCUCCGCGCCUUCCGCGCGCAUGCUUAACCGUCCCCCCGCUUUAGCGACUUCCGCGGGGGGAGCUUCCGCCAGCGCAGCCCAUCGGCGGAAACGGUCCAUUAACAGAAAGGGCACCGGAACUCUCUCUCUGCCCCUUCUCUCCCCGUCCGCCGCGUCAUUCGGCGCUCUCCCCGGCGCGGCCUCCCCGGCGGGCGGCGCAGCGGCUCUCGCGCAAGGGUCGCCGAUGGCGGGCGGAGUAUCGGGUCACCCGAUGACCCCCAUGUCGCCGAUGUUUUAUUCGUCGCUGCUGCCGCCUGCGUCGCCGUCCGUGCUGCACCUGGCGCUGCAGAUCGACCUGCCGCGAGACCACGUGGAUGCCUUGAAGGCCGUGCUUCAGGUAAUCGGCAACUUCGCCAACGCGGGAGAGCUCCAUCAAACCGCAGUGUGGGACCGCUGCUUCCCCGGCACUUUCUCGCGCCUCGCCACAGUGCGCUCUCCCGCGGUGCAGCGCGCGCUCUGCAUGGUGCUCUUCACGUGCUGCCGCGCCGUGCCCAAGCACGUCGACGGGCUGGGCGGGUCCAUGGACGGCGUCGCGCUGCUCGCGGGCGCGCUCAGGGCGCAGGGGGAGGCGCUCGUUGCGCGCGCGGAGGGGCGCGACGGCGGCAGCGGCGGGGAUGUUUUCUCAGCUCUCCCGGAUGCUGCCUCUAACGGGAUGGACGAGUGGUUGGGUCUGCUGGUGGAGCGGCUCUGCCUGCGCGCGCGCUACUUCGAGCCUGUCUUCAAGAACCUGCCCAACUUCUCGCCACGCCCUGCCCUCGGCCAGGUCCGAGGGCUAUUCUGCCCGGAACAAGCCGCCCUGCUGUGGGUCCUGUGGGGCGCUCUUCACGCCACUGCGAAAGCACGGGGGAUCCCAGGAAUCGACUUGCCUUCUGCUUCUAAUGAGGAUAAUGGAAAGUCCAAGGGUGAUGAGACGUCAAAGGAGCCUGCUGCGCCUGGAUCGAGAUGGCAGGUGCAUGGGCUGCCUGACAUUGGACCGGGCACUCUCAAGUUCCUUCUCACUGCAUGCAGAAACGCUGCGGCGGGUCUGAGCAAGGCGCGGGAGGAGGCUGGCAGCAAGGCCCUCGCCUCCUCCUCCACCUCCUUCACGUGUCUGCAGCUGGACGUCUCCCGUCCUUCACAAUCCCCUCCGUCCUCUCCCAGUGGGGCUUGGGAACCUUUCGCCUGCCUCCCACCUCUCACCAUGCCGUACGUUCCUCCUCAUCGCCGAGCCGCCGCGAGCAGUUCCGCUGCCGAACCUGCUGCUCCGUCGGCGGCAGCGCCAAACCUAGUUGACGAUUUCGCCGAGCGAAGUUCAUCUAUAACGGGAGGCCCGUGCAGCGGCGAAUGUGCUUGUAACGGGGGGCGAGCUCGCUGUAACCGAAUGGUUCUCAGAUUCCAAAGGUUUCACGAUAGUUCUCAACAGCGCGACUGGGAUCAAAAUCUUGCUAUUCUAGCAAGGGUUCCAGAAACAGAGCGUGACAAUAUCGAGUCAGCUGCAGACUCUGCUGCAUCUUACUCCGUAUCAAAUCCCGCUUCUGAUCCGCCCUCUGAUACGUCAUCUGAUUCCCGGGUCUCUAAUCCCUUUGCCUGCUCCUCCUCGCCACUCUCCACCGCUCCUCCAACCUCCUUAUCCGACAACCUAGUCGGCCUUCUAGCCAGAGCACUAGAGGCCGCUCACAGAGACAUACAGCUCGUGCCAGAGAUUGGGAGGAGAGGGACGAGAAUGGUGGAGCGGUGCAAGCUCAUGGUGAAGCUGGGGAAGCUGCUGCUAUCCCCGUCUUGGAAGUCCUCAGUACCCGUCUCCCUCCCCAGCCUCCCUCCCUUCACAGCAGGUGCGUUUGAGUCACAUGUCAACAGGCGCGCAAUUCGCCUUUCCGUGCCUGUUUUCCGAUCCUACGACACAGGCCUGCCAGAGAACCUCUUUGCUGCAGUGGAAGAUAUGGCAAUUGAGUGCGGCGUUAUGAACAUGCGAUACAAGGCCCGAUCGCGCUAUCACAUCUGGAUAGCAGAUACCGAGUUGGAAAUCGAGUACAAGCUUAUCUGUGUGCCUGACCCUGACAACUCCGGAAUCAUCCUCACCAAGGUGAAGCACAACUCGGUGCGCUAUGCAGUCAUUGACAUUGCUCGCCCUUCCAGAGCCAUUGACUUCCGCCUGCUGCUGUACAAAGAGUCCAGGCUCUGCUCUCUCGACGACUCCACCCGAUUUGCCUGUGAGAGCAUAGCUUCAACUGCAGUCAUCGACAGGAGUGCAAGAGGGGGACUAGUCUGGCCAGGCACCACCACUGCCUUCGCUUUCACCCUUCUCUCCACUUCCUCCUCGUCAGCAUCACCAUCAUCAUCAUCACCAGCAGCAGCGGCAACACCCACUACCCCGCCCCAUCCUUCCUCACAAUCUGUCCAACCGUCGCCAUCCCGUCGCUUCAGAGUCAUGGGCUGUUGGCACCUGGAAAAAUCCCGGGCGGAGUCGGGCGGACGUUUGUGGAAGCUGGCGAGGAUAAACGGGCUGGGGGCGGGGCAGGUUGGGAGCAGCCUGAAGCACCAGAUUGACCUGUGCCCCUUGGCGUGGCGAGAGACAACCAAGGUGGGAUGGUUGAACGGUUAUGCAUGGUGCACGUGUCUGGUUUUGAGGUGUAAUGCGGUGCAGCGUGGUGGAAGCUGGCUCGCACCAGUAGGUUGGGAGCAGCCUGAAGCACCAGAUUGA